GGCGCGCUCCGUUCCCGCCCUUUCAUCUCCCCGACAAGAGGCAGCGCGCGCCCCCCCCCCCCCCACGUCACCGGGCGCCCCCCCACUACACGCGUGACCACGGAAACGUCACCGCUACAGAAGCCUGUACUGCUGUCGGGAGUGACAUCAAUCACGAGGGCCCUUCAUGUACAGUGACAUCAGCCUGCUGGCGAUGUCUGUAUAAACCUGCGGGCUCUACAAUUCCCGGCUUCAGACGGAUCCAGACGCAGAAGACUGCGGUUUGGAAUGUGUUGAAAAAAAGCUCAUAAAGCACGAAUGGAAAUAUGGCAGACCUGAUCUCCAGCAAAAACUAGAAGAUCAAAGAUGCCGGGUCCGGUCACAUUUGGACGUAAACGCCCCCUGCCUCCCUGCCCAAACCCUUUGUUUCUGAAAUGGCUGACGGAGUGGAGAGAUUCUGCUGCCGAAAAAGGGCUGAAGACACAAUUUGUGUACCAAAAGGCCAUUAGUUCCCUGAAGAAGUACCCUCUGCCACUUCAGAACGGGAAGGAAGCAAAAAUCCUGCAAAAUUUUGGAGACGGAAUCUGUAAGAUGUUGGAUCAGCGGCUUGAAAAGCAUUAUGCAGAGCACGGACCCAAUGCUCCAAUUCAUUCUGUGCCCAGGAGCCGUAAUAACAACAAAAACCAGCCGAGAGCCUUGUCCCCUCUUCCUACCUCAUCUGCCGCUGAAGCUAACCUGCCUGACAGUGACCACGAGGGACCGUCCCCUACAAAAAAGAAAAAGACUGAUGGAAAAAAGCAGCGGGAGUAUGUUCCACAGAAGAGAUCAGGAGGCUACGCAGUGCUGAUCACCCUCUACAAGGAGAGCAAGAAUCCGAAUUCCAAAGGCUACAUGACCAAGUCAGAACUGCAGAGAGAAGCUCAACCUCUGUGCGACAAGUCAUUCACUCUGACCGACCCCAGCAAUAAAUACACAGCCUGGUCUUCUGUGAGCACAUUAAUUCAGAAGGAAUUGGUCAUCAAAACUCACAGCCCGGCCAGAUAUUCUCUUACAGACAAAGGGCUUCAGCUUGCACAGAGAUUGGAAGGUGCUGAAAAAGUGCUUGAUAGUGUCAGUAAAGAAUGUAUUACAGCAUCUGAGGAAGAUGAAGAGGAUCAGGAUGCGCUACACUGUACAGAAAAUAUCCAAAAUGUAUUAGGCCCCUCACAUAAACCUGUUAGCCGGCCCCUUCUAUCGGUCAACAAUAGGCAAGAUCCCGUAGCCAGCUCGUAUAACCACGUGCCGGAUUUCACUCUGCGCCCAGGCCACUUCAAUGUGAUACUUUGUGUUGACUUCAUCGAAACCACAGGGGGUGCAGCGCAUAAAAAACAGGACUUGGUUACCGAACUGAAAAGCAAUGGCGUCAGUUUUGAUGUACGCAAGCUACACAUUGGAGACUUUCUGUGGGUAGCCCGAGAAAAAGUGCAACCAGUGCCAGGGCAGCUACGAAUUCCACAAGCACGGGAGCUGGUGCUGGAUUAUGUCAUUGAGAGAAAGAGAAUGGACGACUUAUGUGGAAGUAUUAUAGAUGGCCGGUUUAGGGAACAAAAGUUCCGGCUGAAAAGGUGCGGUCUGCAUCGUCCAAUCUAUCUGGUGGAGGAUUAUGGGUCAGCACAGCACCUCAGUAUUCCUGAAAGCACCUUGCAGCAAGCCAUAGUGAAUACACAGGUGGUAGAUGGGUUCUUCAUCAAGCGUACCAAGGAUGUUCGGGAGUCUGCUGCCUACCUGACCAUAAUGACCCGCCAUUUGGAGGCAAUGUAUUCGAACAAGACUUUACUGAGCUGCACAAAAGAGGAAGCCGGUAAAUGUGACCGAGCGCUUCACCACGAUGACCAGAGCUGCAUCCUCCUAGAGUUCAAGGACUUUAACGAGGGAGCUAUGAAGAAUAAGGCACAAACUGUGAGAGAAGUAUUUGCUCGACAGCUGAUGCAGAUAAGUGGGGUUAGUGGUGAGAAGGCGACAGCAAUCCUGGAGAGAUACAGCACCCCAGCCAGCUUGCUUUCUGCAUAUGAGUGUUGUUCCUCCACCGAGGAGAAGGAGAAGCUGCUGUCCAAUGUGAAAUGUGGCAAACUCCAGAGAAACCUCGGUCCAGUCCUGAGCAAAACUAUAUGUCAGCUUUACUGCACCAGGGAAGCCUUGUCCUGAUACACGGUGAUACGAUGAACCUACACAGUCUGACCAUGCGGGGAAUUUCCAACUUUCGGAUGUAAUACAGCGAUCCUGCUUCCCUGAACAUGAUGGAAAAGGAUCCUUUCAACUAGAACACUGUAAUUAUGUGUCAGAACUUUCCUCCCCCUCCAUCUACGCCUUUGAAGCUCCGUCCAUCAGCCAAUCCUAAUACCCACAACCUGACGCUCUGGAGGACUCUCUUAAUCGGAAGCACCUUAGUGGCUGUAGAUAUUGGGGAUCAGUCGCUGUUAGGGUGUGUUCACAUGUAAAGUAUCCUGCGCAUAUCUGAUGCACUGGAUUUGAAGCUGCAGAGGAAGCGGUGUUCAGCCAUUUAGUUUGCAUUGAACUCUGCGGCAUAAAAUCUGCAGCUUCAAAUCUUGCGCAUUUAAAUAUGCACAGGAUACUGUAGGUGUGAAUACACCAUUAAACGGAUAAAAGUAGCUUGACUACGUAGACUAUCUGCUAUGAUGGGACCAUUCACAUUGAUUUACUGGCAGCAGAUAUAUCAGGGAGCUAAUAUUUGGCCACUAUAUAGGGUUUAUUGUGAGGUGCGGUGACUUCACUACAACCUUCCAUUCUUUUUGAAAUUCUGAAAUGUUAACCUAGGACAGUGCUUCCCAACCAGUGUGCCCCCAGCUGUAGCAAAACUACAUCUCCCAGCAUGCCCGGACAG